AUGUCGGACGGCAAUGGGACCCCAGGCGGCGACAGGCCCGAAGAGGCCCAAGCAUCCGAGCAUCUGAACAUCAAGGUCACGGACAACAACAACGAAGUCUUCUUCAAGAUCAAGCGGAGCACCUUUCUCAAGAAGCUCAUGGAUGCCUUCUGCGAGCGCCAGGGCAAGGCGCCGCAGAGCGUGCGGUUUCUCUUCGAUGGCCAGCGUGUGAACAAUACGGACACUCCGGAUACGGUGGGUACCAUCGGACGAGAAACACACACAUGCAUGGAACAUGUGCUAACGGCAGGCUGCGACCAGCUGGACAUGGCGGACGGCGACACCCUCGAAGUCCACCAGGAGCAGAUUGGCGGUUCCUGCUGA